UUCAAUAAGUGGCAUGUGCAAUGAUUGAGAUUUCUCUCCUCUACACUAAACCAACAUUGGUACGGAAACCACACAGCUUCCUAUCCAGUAGGCAGUGGAAGUAAAUCUGUCAGAACGUGGCUCUACCCAUUCAUUUCAACUAGUGCUGAGAUUAAGAAUAUGAGAAUCUGUACCACCACUUCUCCAUACGUUGUCAUGGCGUGCUACUUAAUUACAAUUGCUAUGAGAGUCAGAAGAUUCCCUGAAGCAAUACACAAGUAAAUAAACACGCAAGUUCAUAAAUGAUCGAAAUUAUAACUAAAUUUUAAGAAAAUUCAUCCAAUCGCUUUUUAUCAUCAGAGAGUUCUCAAGUUAUCUCCUUUGGGACCAGCGUAUAUUCUGUGCCUAAAACAGUUAUGAGAAUAAGUCAUCAUAUACAUAUACGCAGAUCAUGUCAAGAUUAGAAAGUUACUUGGUUCCAGUUCAACGUAAAAUGAAGGCCAGAUUCACCAUAUCGGCACUCUUGUUCAACACAUGGGGCUUAUUCAGGUGUUAUGCAACAUAUAAAAUGUUAUAGACUCAGAAUAACAUGCGAUUCCACUUGUUCCAGGCUUCAGUUGUGUCAGCUACUGGCUUGUCGGCUACGCGCUGGCUUAUGGACGAGGCGAUACACUGCUGGGGUACACCUACUUUGCUGGAAGAGAACUGCCGUCUGAGAAGCUGGCCCACUGGUUUUUCCAGUUUGGAUUCGCCGCUACGGCUGCCACGAUCGUGUCUGGAGCCGUGGCGGAGAGGGUUCAUCUAUCCACCUGUCACGCACUGGGCAUGGACAGAUGAAGGGUGGCUCAACAAGCUGGGGUACGUAGAUUUCGCGGGCAGUGGGCCGAUCCAUUUGCUGGGAGGUGUGUGCUCCUUCUGCGCAGCCCUGUUCCUGGGGCCCCGCCUGGGACGGUUUGGUGCAGGAAAGGAACAGAUAGUGGGACAUUCUGUUCCGCUAACUGGGAUUGGAGGAAUGCUCCUCAUCGUGGGAUUCCUGUCAUUCAACGGCGGAUCCCUCGGAACCAUCACGAACCCAGGUGACGGCGCAACGGUGGCCCGGGUCAUGAUUAACACCCUUCUCGGUGCAAGUGGUGGCAGCAUGAUCAUUCUGGCCUCAACAAAAACCGGGCUCUUUGGUCCAUCCACGUGGAACUUCAGCCUCACGCUGAACGCUGCUAUUACAGGCAUGGUAUCCGUGUGCGCAAGCGUCAACAAGAUGGAGUUUUGGGCAAGUUUCCUUACGGGAGUUAUCGCUGGAGUCGUGUUCAUAAACAUCCACUACUUCAUGCUCUGGUGCAAAGUUGAUGAUCCACUAGACGCUGUGGCUGUUCAUUUCGGCGGCGGGUUCUGGGGCGUCAUAUCUGCGUCGCUGUUUUCCCAUGGAGGAAUUGCUUACGGUGCCAACAAACAAGCUGCCAUGUUUCUAGCUUACGAAAUGGUCGGCGCCUGCGCCAUUAUCUCAUGGGGAUGGGCUGCGUCCUGCGUCAUGUUCGGGACCCUAAAGCUACUCGGAAAACUUCGAGUCAGCGAAGAAGACGAACAGAAAGGGCUGGAUAUAGCUAUGCAUAAUGAACCAGGGUAUCACCCAAUGGGAUGGAAGACAUUUCCUCCAGUAUCUGAAACAUCGUCUGCGUUGGUCUCUCACAAUGAUGGGCAUAAUAAAAAGAACAACGCAUACAGGCUUCGACAACCUGACUUCAUAAACCCAGGCUUCUCAGAUACAGAAAAUGGUAUUCAUCCGUUGGAAGUUUCGGUCAGGAUGUGAGCGGUGGAACGUCUGUCAUACCAACUGCUCUCUGAGACCCACGGACUGCCACGGACAUAUUACCUGCAGUGAUCGGGGACCUUCAUACUCGUACAUUGUCACUGUCACCCGGAUACUUGGCUUCUCUUCGCACAGACACGUUCUAGGGCCGAGCGCACGAAAUGGAUGACCCGCGAGUAGUGUCUCUGUCUGAGUCCUGAGGUGGUGGUUGUGAAGAACAGAGAACGGCUGAUAAGUAAACUGGGGGAAGGUACAGCCUGCCCUCAGUACUGGGUGAGACGACACUCUACUCCACGAAAAUAACUUAGGGAGAAAAUUGGUUAGCGGUGGUCGCGAAAUUAUAAUGUAAGAUACUUGUCAUCUAACAUCCAACAAAAUUAUGGAAUGUUUUGAUCAGUAUACGGGGACACGAGAUUCGAAUACAUUGCUACCGAGGAUCUAACUUUCUUGAUAUGCUCCAACUUGUCAGUGGACGUACAACCACUGUCCUUUCAAACGAAACGGAUAGUAAAAAUGGGAAUCUAAAAAACAGGGAUUCAGAAUCCAUACGAGUGUUGUUCCUAACGAUUCAUUAUUAUAAAGCAACUUAAUGGGGCGGUGUGAGGGUUAGCAAAAAUAAAAAGUAAAUGGUAUUUCACAUUAACUCCAUAAGUAAGGAUCCAAGCCAUAAAUACCAUUCAUUUCUACUCGUAGCAUAUUAAUUCCACGCAAAAUACAUUUUUGUUUUCGGUUACCCACCACAUCGAAAAAUUAAAAUUACGUUCUUCUCUGAUGUGGCGCCGUAUAUUUCGGUAUAUAGGUACCAACGUUGCGUUGUAUUCGUAACCCUAUGGUAACAGAGUUGUGCCGAGGUCAAGAAUACGUGGAUCUAUACAUCCAUUCCCUCAUAUGUCUUCAUGGCGUAGAGCUUAAUUAGUUAAGCACGUGGAAAAUUUUAAAUUUUGCAGUAUCAGAGUAUGUAUUAAACUGUGUGUAAUAAAUGGAAUUUCUUUAUUAACACU